GAGGAGGUAGAAGAAGGUGCUGGCCAGGCCAUGGGUCUAGGUGCCAGCAACCUUUAGGCCCAGGGCCACUGUAAUUAUGACCUCUUUGCCCCCCACCCUCCUGGGACCCACUGCCUCCAAAGCUGCCUUCCAGGACUUUGCCCCUGCCCCUCCGCCUUCACACUCCCUUUCUCCGUACCCCCGCGGUCUGCAGUCCUCGUCCCCAGAGCCCUCUGAGGGGCCCUACCCCGGAGCUCCGCAGCCAUACGGCUGCGCGGUAGGUUACCCUUAUGUCAGCCCCCCAGCCCCCAGCGGCCCCCACCUGCCUUACCAGCAGCCCGGGACCGCCUCGCUGCAUCUCCGUGGCCCUGCAGUGAAUCUGCAGGCUGUGGCAGUGACUGACCUCCUCUUUACUUCUUUGGGAGCCCAGACCCUACAUCUAUGGAUUUGCCUCUGGGACCUGGGAAUCAACGGCAGCCCUGAAAUCAUGGCUGCACAGGGUAGACUGACCACAGUGACCCUGAGGAUGAAGAAGCCGCCUCACCCAGGGCUUCAGUCUCAACCAAGGAAGGGGGUGGAGUACCUGGAGAAGCCACUUGGGUUACGACAGCCAGAGGGAUUCCCACUGAAUGGCCGCAACAAGAAACUUCGAAAGCCCAGAACCAUCUAUUCCAGCCUCCAGCUUCAGCAUCUGAACCAACGCUUCCAGCAUACACAGUACCUGGCGCUUCCAGAAAGAGCUCAGCUAGCUGCCCAGUUAGGCCUCACUCAGACCCAGGUGAAGAUCUGGUUUCAGAACAAACGUUCAAAAUAUAAGAAGAUCAUGAAACAGGGAUCAAAUGUUCAAGAAGGGGAGCUUCUAGGGGCCCUUCCAGCCCUGUCCCCAUCGCUCCCCUCACUGUGGGAUCUGCCCAGGCCCAGGACAUUGCCUACUGGGGGUUAUGUCAACAGCUUUGGGACCUGGUACCAGCAGCAGCAUCCCCCAGAGGCUCUGGCAGCACCCCAGAUGAUGUGAGUCUGGGGAAGGUUGGGGGACCCCAUGCUUCCUAUAUGGCUCUGGACCCAGCUCACCUGCUCUCUCCCUGGGUUUUAGGAAAGGAGUAGUGGUGGGGAGAGAGGGAGAUUGGGGAUGAAAAUGGAGACAUUUUAACUCGUCUUCACCAUACCCCCUUCCUCCCUCCCCAAACAGACCUGAAGCUGAGCACCAUCCCCUUCCCUCCAGCUGGUUGGGUCACCUCCUUCCAAAUAGACAGACAAAUGCCUAGGAGAGAAGUCAGCAUGGGGGUAGGGGUAGGAGAGGAUGGGACUUAGGAUGUGGUGGGUGGAGAGAGGGAGAAAAUAUUCUUGAGCGUCACUGGGGCAGAGCUGGGCACCUUUCUCCAGGCUCCUCCUUGUUGCCCCAGCCUAGUCAUAUGACCCAAUGCUAGUCACCUGCCUGGCCGGUCUUUUCCUUUGGAAGGAAUACUGCCACCCCAAACAUGGGAGUAAAACCAGGAAGAUACAUUCAGUAACCCCCCCCCCCAUCCCACCGAUUUUCUUAGCCUUUGGCAGUGAGAUAGAUGGGAGAGAGAGAGAGAGAGAUAGCUAACACUCUUGAUUCCAAAAAAUGACAAGAAACUCAUGUUGGCCUCCAUGGUCUGAAGAUUUCUAGGGAGUGGGAAGCAGGUUCUUGGAGCAGGGGGAGGAAUUCAGGGUCAGAUUAUCUUGAUAAUUACUCCAAUUCUGCACCAGCCCCCAAGAAACCCAGUUUAAAGAAUUGAAACUCUGUAGGCCUAACAACAGGACAAUUCACUGGCUCUUCCAUAAGCCCUCCUCCCUCCCAAAAAUGUGUCUACACAUUUCAAGUGCAGAAUGGGCUAAUUAUCCAGAUAAUUUAACAAGUAUUUAUUAAGCUCUUACCCUCCCACCUACCUCCCCCCUUAAAAAUAAAAGAGUCCACAAAAUGAUAUAUCCAAGUCAUUAGGGCCAAAUCGGAACAAAAACAAUGGGUUUGAGGAGAGGAGGGAAAGAGUAGGGAGGCUGAAGAAAGGGGAAAAAGAUGGGUAAGUUAACCAGAUAAUUGCUUCUGGGUGUAGAUUAUGCAGAUUUUCACUGGCAGGUCCUGUUUUGCCUGUGGGGACAUUGCCUUUGGGUUUAAGGAAUAGUUCUCUUCUUUAUAAAGGGCAUCUGUUGAACUGAUGGGAAUUUGGGUCCUCAGGGCCUUGAUGGGUCCUUCUGGUCUAAGCUCCCUUUCUGGCCAGCCACUCCCUGGGAUCCCAUGUCUUUCCUCCUAGCAGCCUUCAGUGAUUAAAGUUUGCAAUAAACCCUU